AUGCAUCACCCCGUUCACCUCCUCUUCUCCCUCAUCACUGCCUCACCUGUUUUCGGAAUGGUUGCAGAGGAGUACAAUGCCUACUUCUAUUCGCUGGUGUCCCAGGACACACAGGAGAUGGCGUACUCUACCAAGAGGCAGAGAUUCUUGGUGGACCAGGGCUACAGCUUUAAGGUCAUCACUAAGUUGGCCGGUAUGGAAGAAGAAGACUUGAUGUUUUCCACCAGAGAUGAGCAACAGCAGCUGCUGAUGAAGGUCCUCGCUGCGUCCGACCUGGACGCUGAGGAGGAAGUGGUGGCCGGGGAGUUUGGCACACGACCACAGUUCUCGAGGCGAACGGGCACCAUGAGCUCCAUGUCCGGUGCAGAUGACGCAGUCUACAUGGAAUAUCACAGCAGAGGCAGCAAAUCCUCCCAACUCAAGGGCAUUCAUCCGCUGUUCAAACGCUUCAGAAAAUAGAUGCACUGACUGAGACGUUCACACCCAAAUACCUACUCUGUUGCUUAUCAACUGUUUGAGGUGGUUUCACAGAACUGCAUUUUCUCAGAAUAUAAACCAAAUUGACCUUGUUAAUCAGCUUUUGAGUUAAUGUGGCAAAGAUUUGAAAGGCUUAUACAUCACAAAAACUUUGAUCCUAUUGGGGAUUUGGCAUUAGUAAAAUCUGGGGACAGUGAGAGGUGAGAGUUUAGGUUUAUUUGGGUUUGUUUAAGAUAUUCCAAAAAACCCACACACCUGCAUCGAGAGCCUGGUGCCUGGUGCAGGCUGCCAAACUAAUUUCCUCUUGAAGGGCUCUACCUACGGCUUGGUUGGUCAAAUAUGUGCAUUGUGGGAACUCAGGACAGAGUUGAAGCUCAUUGGCUUGGGAGGACCAAAACUAUCAAGGUUGAUUCAAACAUGCAUUGUGGUGGAGAUAUGGACGAGAGGGGUCAGGGAAUAGACAGAGCCCAAUUAAAUGUUUGAUUGUGUAAAAUGUAAAAAAAGAAAUCCGUCAGAGUAUUCUUUUUUUGUGAGAUAUAUAACUUGAUUGUCUUUUGUAACUUAACAUAGGUUUAACUCAGUGCGUUUUAUCUCUGAAUUGUAAAUAAAGGCAAUUUUAAGUUCAGAAAUCCACUUUAAGAAUAUCACACCAAAAGUUUGGCCCAAGUUAACGACAGCGUGAGUGCUUCCUGACACAGAGACAUGAAUAACGUGCAAAUAUUUCACAUUUGUGCCAUCUAGCCCCAUGCAACAUUCAUCUCUAUGGGAAAGGGGCUGAAUUCACCGUUAGGUUUAGGAGAAAUGUUCCACGUGAAACUCCUGCCUGUGUUAGCUCCACACUGAGAUAAGCCCUGCGCCUCCUGCAGACUGUACACGGUCCAUCAGAACUCUUUUAAAGUGUAGCUUGCUAAACAUUUACAGACCAGUGAAUGUGUUAACAACUGGUGAUUGGUUUACCCGAAUGAAAGAAGACGUGUGAAG